AUGGCGACCACCACCGCUUUGCUGUCCGCCUCUGUCCGCCGGCUCGCCGCCAGCAGCUUCACCGCCGCCCGCCGGCUCUCAAGCCUCACCGCCUCCAGCAUCAUCCCGCGAGAGGUGACCGGCAGCCACAAGACCUUCGAGGCCGCGGGCUACAGGUGGCGGAUCUGGUAUGGCCCCUACGGCCACGUGGACUCGACGGGCAGCCAGCACAUCUCCCUCCACCUCCAGGUCGUCCAUGGCGCCUCCAAGACUCACGUAGACCCCGUCGAGUUCAAGUUCAGCUUGCUCGAUCAGUCCGAGAACCCGAAGUUCACCCGCGCCACCACGGAGCUCUGCUGCUUCAACGAUGGCGCGAAGGGGCGCAACGGGUUCGAAGACUUCAUCAAGUGGCAAGAUCUGGAGGAGUCGGGGUGCCUCAAGGACGACCGCUUCUCAGUUAGGUGCGACAUCACCGCCAUGAGAAACUUCAGCAAGAACGAGGGCGCCGCCGCUCCGGCGCCGGCGCACGUCGUCGUGCCACCGUCGGACCUGCACGAGCACCUCACCGACAUCCUGUGGAACAAGAAGCAGGGAACGGACGUCACCAUCGACGUCGGCGGGGAGGCCACGGUGGACGCGCACGGGUGGCUCCUCGCGGCGCGCUCCCCCGUGUUCCAGGCCGAGCUCCUCGCCUCAAAGAAGGAGAAGCCCGCCGGCGGCGGCGCCUGCCACCGCCGCAUCGAGAUCCAGGGCGUGGAGCCCGAGGUGUUCAAGGCGGUUCUCCACUACAUGUUCAAGCUGGACCGGCUCAGGCUCAUGUGCGAGGAGACGCUGUGCAAGCGCAUCGACGUGACCACGCUGGCCGACACCCUGGCGGUGGCGGAGCGCCACGGCUGCCGUGGCCUCAGCCCGGCGUGCUUGGAGUUCAUAUCUUGCCCGGGGAACCUCAAGGCGGUCGUGGCGACCGAAGGCUUGGAGGAGUUGAGGGCCAAGUGGGGCCCAGCUCUUCUGACGGAGCUCUUCGUGAUGAACCAACUGAUGGCCACAUGA